AUGGUUAGGGAUAAGGGUACACCCCUUCAAAGAUGCUCAAUUGGGUUUAAUGGAGAUGCCUUCUGUUUGCUACACUCAAGUUUUGACCUAUUUCUCACAUCAGUGUCUAUUUUUCAUCUAAUUUUUAUUGCUAUUGAUCGACAUCAGGCAGUUUGUUAUCCGCUUCUGUAUCCUACAAAAAUAACCAUACCUGUCGCAUGGGUCAUGGUGAUGAUAAGUUGGUGCAUGGCUGCAUUAUAUUCUUAUGGCUUAGUGUACUCAAAAGCUAAUGUGGAAGGACUGGAGGAAUAUAUUGAAUCAAUAUACUGUAUGGGAAGUUGCACUUUGCUUUUCAAUGCAUUGUGGUCCGUUUUAGACACAUUACUAACUUUUUUCUUGCCUUGUUCUGUCAUGAUAGGACUGUAUGCAAGAAUUUUUGUAGUUGCCAGAAAGCACAUUAGAACAAUCGGUGAGGCAAACCAUCAUGAAAAUGAGAGCACGUUUAAAAGUUCUCGAAGAUCUGAACGCAAAGCAGCAAAAACUCUUGGUGUGGUCGUUGGAACUUUUAUUAUUUGCUGGUUGCCAUUUUUUAUUAACUCUUUGAUUGACCCUUACAUCAACUUUUCCACUCCUUUUGCUCUGUUUGAAGCAUUUGUCUGGUUAGGCUACAUUAACUCAACCAUAAACCCCAUCAUAUAUGGCCUUUUCUACCCAUGGUUCAGAAAAACCCUUUCUCUUAUUAUAACAUUGAAAAUAUUUGAACCAAACUCUUCUGACAUCAGUGUUUUCACUGUUUGA